GGAGUCCGCCGGUUUCUCCCUUUCUUCGAACCCCCGACUGCGCUCUCUGUCUUCCACCCCGGCGGGUGCCUUCCUCUUUCUACUGAUCUCCACGAAUCUCCCUCAAAUUCCCCUUUCGCGGUUCGAAUUCUCGAUCGAAUUCGCUUCCAGGCAUCGAAGUGGAUUGGUUCUUGCGGUAGGUGGGUAAAGAAUGAAGCAAGAAAGGUAGAUCGCUCGGUUCUUGAUGCGUUCUCGGCCUAGCGGAGGAAAAAGCGCUCUCCUUUCUCUUCUUCGAAGCGUUCGCAGCAUUUUCUAGGGUUUCUCACCGAAGAAUUUUGUCUGUGGGAGGACCCGACCAUGGAGUAUGAUCCCUCCGAUAGCAGCGGGACUGAUGAUGACCUUCCACCAUCACAUCAGAACAGGGGUGCAAGAGGAGGGCGUGUCACUGGAAAUGGAAGAACUAUCAUUGGUGCUUUUUCAUACCCCAGGGUACACAGUGACAUGGAGACUCAAAUACACCUGCUUGAGCAAGAAGCAUACAGUUCAGUUCUUCGAGCAUUUAAGGCUCAGUCGGAUGCCAUUACUUGGGAGAAGGAAAGUCUUAUAACUGAACUGAGAAAGGAACUGAGAGUAUCUGAUGAGGAACACAGAGAACUGUUAAGCAGGGUUAAUGCCGAUGACAUUAUUAGGAGACUUAGGGAAUGGAGGGCAAGUGGACGCCAAACUGGUUUGCUUAAUAAUGCUCAACCCACACAUGAUCCGGUACCCAGUCCCACUGUUUCAGCUUCUCGCAAGAGACAGAAAACAUCUCAGCCUGUACCUUCUCUACCUUUGGGUGCCCCAUCUCCUGGACUUCAUGCACAACCAGUUGCCGCUUCCAUGCAGCCAUCAUCAGCAGCGGCAAAACGGGGAGCCGCAGCAGGAGCAAGGGGCAAGAAGCCUAAAUCAGGCCAGACGUUGCCUGGUGUAUCUUCAAUGAAGUCCACUCAAUAUCCUUCCGCUGGUCCGAGUGGAAGGGGACAAGUUGCAAACAGGAGUUCUACAGGUGCUGUUGCAGAGGCACCACCGUACGAUCCACUAAUCGGACGGAAAGUCAUGACAAGAUGGCCUGAAGAUAAUAACUUCUAUGAGGCUGUUAUUACUGAUCACAAUCCAGUCGAGGGUCUUCAUGCUCUGGUUUAUGAUAUAGGAACAAAGAAUGAGACAUGGGAAUGGGUUAAUCUCAAAGAGAUUUCACCUGAAGAUAUUAGAUGGGAAGGUGAGGAUCCCGGCAUCAAUCAUCAGCCGGGUCGAGCUGCGCCAGGUCGUGGGGCUAAGAAGUCUACAGGCCGUGGUGGUGCCAUUCCAGGUGCAGGAAGGGGAAGAGGAACCUUGAAGAAUCAGUCCAAGAAAGAUUUUGCCCCAUCACAGAAUGGCAUUGGGAAGAAGCGCGCUGAUGACAUUGAAAUACUUCACACGGACACUCUAAUAAAGGAGGUGGAGAGGGUCUUCGGUGCAAGUCAUCCCGAUCCCUUUGAGAUAGAGAAGGCAAAGAAAGUGUUAAAAGAACAUGAACAGUCACUAAUCGAUGCAAUCGCAAGGCUUGCGGAUGCCUCUGAUGGUGAGAGUGUCGUCGGUAUGAUUCUACUCGGCCAGAAACAAGAAUUGCCGCACUUUUCCAUAUGAUUUAGAAUCUGCCGCAUUAGUGAGAUGGAAGAGCGAGGCCGUCAGCGCUUGCACGGGCUAUCCAUGGACCGAGAUCAAGGAUGGAGGAACCAGCAAUAUGCUGGGAACCAACAUGGAGCAAACUAUGAGGACAUGGCAGGUGAAGGUAGAGAAGGUUCUGAUGGUGACCACAUGGCUGGGGAUGGUGUUGCAUCAGACUACCGGCAUGAUGGUGAUGACGAUGACAUUUAACUUGGGGUCGACCAACCUUUACUUGACAUCGAGGGAGGAAGGCCCGUGCUCUGUAAAAUGCAAUUGCUAAUAUUUAUUUCUUACCACAUGGAAAAAAUAACAGCUCCUUUAUAUUCAGUGAGAAGGAUAACUCUGAUCAGGGUUCGAUCUUGGUUAUUAUUUCAGUGAAUAGGAUGUGACAUGUAAAUUGUUUCGAUAGCCGUCUAGUGUUUUCAUGUUUGCAGGUUGCAUCAAGCUGGUUCUGUAGGUUGUCUCA